GUUGACGUCACCUCUUCCCAGUAGAAACUUACGCGCUGUGUCCCUGUCUGUCCGUAAGCAUGCAGGGCUUGACUCAGGAAUUUGCGGUCCAAACAGGACACGCUGGAAGCUGUGUGUCCCACCCCCCCAGGGGGCUGGACCUCAGUGCUUUAUAAGUGUUGGCUCGAGAGAGAACCUCCAGCCUCUUGUAAAGGAGCCUCACUCGGGGGCUUGACUGCGUGACUGCGUGAGCCCAGCGCUUUCACUGUAAGAAAGCAAGAUGCAUUUUAGAAAUUUUAACUGCAGUUUUAGCUCCUUGAUUGCCUGUGUGGCAAACAGUGAUAUCUUCAGCGAAAGUGAAACCAGGGCCAAAUUUGAAUCUCUCUUUAGGGCAUAUGACAAGGACAUCACCUUUCAGUAUUUUAAGAGCUUCAAACGUGUCAGAAUAAACUUCAGCAACCCCUUGUCUGCAGCAGACGCCAGGCUCCAGCUACAUAAGUCUGAAUUUCUCGGAAAGGAGAUGAAAUUGUAUUUUGCUCAGACUUUGCACAUAGGGAGCUCACACCUGGCUCCCCCCAAUCCAGACAAGCAGUUUCUGAUCUCUCCUCCUGCCUCUCCGCCCGUUGGCUGGAAACAAGUGGAAGACGCCACCCCCGUCAUAAAUUAUGAUCUUUUAUACGCUAUCUCCAAGCUGGGGCCAGGGGAAAAGUACGAACUGCACGCGGCGACUGACACCACUCCCAGCGUGGUGGUCCACGUGUGUGAGAGCGACCAGGAAAACGAAGACGACGACGAGACGGAAAGAAUGAAGAGGCCCAAGCCCAAAAUCAUCCAGACCAGGAGGCCGGAGUAUACACCCAUCCACCUGAGCUGAGCUGGCACCUGGACGAAGGAGUAUCGCAGAUCACACUCACGGGGAGGCAUCUUUUACUGUGACGGCGGCCCGUCACGACUGUGGAAGGGGCAGCCGCGGUGGCGGUGGUGGAAAUCCCAGUCCACGUCGCUCAGAAGAGGAUCGAGGCUUUGUCCCCUGGUUCUAAUACUGCACACCAGUCCACGUUCAAUGUCCUGGGCCAAUCACCGAGUUCGGGGUGAUCCCACGAGGACAUGAGGGAACGUCUCGAAGAAAAACCGAUAACAAUAGUGUUUUGUACUUGUUCUUUUCUGGUAGGUUCUGUUUUUGCCAAGGGCAGGUCUGGGGAGAGCCUACUGUUUCCAAGCAGCCCUCCGGGGCGGACUCUCUACCAGUGGGACGAGGCACCGCGUGAAGCCACAAAGUGCCAGGUGCAGAAAGGUCGUGAGAACAACAAUACCGUGUGGAAAUCGUAGCGUCACAUUGUUGCCCCUCAUGUUCUGAUGUUUGUGCAUGUAUAUUACUGAUUUGCAAAGCUAACGUUUGUUUGUACACAGAGUUACUCCCUUGUGGUUUUACAUGCUGUGGGAAGAUGGGAAAGCUUUGGGAAACUGUCUCGCCUCUCCAGAUUUACGACUUCACAGCAGCACUCACGUGAAAUUCUACCUGGACUACAACCUUCCGCUCGGCAUCCUCUUCCGGUGCGACGCGCACCUUGUGCUUUUGCUAAGGAAGUCGAUCUGAAAUUCCUAGGCGGGGUGUCGCUUAUACAAUUCAGAGAAGAGCAGUUUCACUGCCAACCUUUAGUGGGUGAGAAAUCUCGGUUUAGGUGUUUGGGGUGGGACAUCGGAUUCAUUUCUUUCUUUCGUGCGGUGGUUUAUAAUGAGUCACAGCCAAAAAACCUUUCCUGGGAAUGGUUGGUUAAAAUAGUUGAUUUUUUCUUUUUUUUUUUAUCCCACUAAAACAUCAAGAUAAACCUGUAAAUAAAGCCGAUAGCAUAUAUUCAUACCUGUUGUGUACUUGGGUGACAAAUAUGGCAGUGGAAGAAUAGUGUAAGACGUAUUAACCUACCUGUGAAUCGUAUGUUGUAGCAAACGCCGUUCAGACGUUUGACGGGAUUUGAAUUCAAAGCAUGUCACGUGGAUAGAAGUGUGAUCUGAGAGGGAUGCAGUGCCUUUCCCCAUUAAUUCCUGGUGGACCUGUUACACUAGGUGAACAUUUGUAAUUUUUUUUCUAGUUGUUGUAGUGUGUAUGUCUGGUAAAUAGGUAUUAUAUUUUGGCCUUAAAAACACCAUAACAAAGUUUGUCAUUUUGAAAUACCUGAUGCCAAGUAACAAUGCAUGCUUCGGACAUUUGGAAGACGGUUUUCUUUAAGAAGCAAAUAGGUUUGGUUGUUCGCGUCAAGAAAUGUUGUCUUGACUGAAUGUUCUCGAAACCCUGUUUACAGUACUCGGUGGGGAUGGAGCAGGUGCAGAGAGACACCAUCACAUAGCUACUCAAGUAUUUCUAGUUAAGUGCUUUUAACCUGGAGAGGCUAACCUCAAGAUAUUUUUUUUAACUGCAUUCUAUAAUAAAUCGACACACUAUGCUCUUUACGGAAA